AUGGCCGAGCAGCGCGCAGCCGAUGACCUCUACCGGAAAACACUCCGUUUCCUGGUCUCAGUGGCUGCUGAGAUAGCGUAUCCGAAGUGCCAGCUGAGAGGAGGUCAUACGCUCGGCGAUGGCUUCCUCUAUGAGCUGGAAGGAGGCGAGAACACAGACCAAGAGGUUGAAACCAUACAGAAGACACUCACCGACCUGGUCGAGUCUGGGGAUGCCAUCGAGCCGGUGACCAAGUCUUGGACGGAGGCCCACAGCUACUUCAAGGAGCGGGGCCUUUCAGCCGCGGCGACGCUGCUGACAACAAGGACGACCGCAGAGGUCGCGUGCUAUCAGUGCCGAGGAGUCCUCCGACUGAACCUCUUCCCGCUGCACGAACGCGCAGCUGCGUUGAAGGCGGGCAGCUAUGCCCUGAUCCGCUGCAAAGAGAUGAGCGGCUUCGUUGUGGCCUACACAAAGGAGAUCCUGUACAAAGCUCAGCCAGCUCUCCUUCAGUCUCACUCGGAUCACAAAGCCUUCUGCAAGGGCUACGAGGUCCGGUCGGUGGGGAACCUCAACAGCUUGCAGCAAGUCGGCAGAGGGCGCAAGGACUUCGUCUUGGCUUGCGAGUUCCGGCAGGAGACGAAAAUCGCCGAGAUCGUCGCCCAGGUCAAAGUGCGGAUGGCAGAGGGCAGACAGGUGAAGGUCAUUUGCAUCGCCGGGCCGACGUCUUCCGGUAAGACUACCUUUGCGACGAAGUUGUGCAUGUACCUGCAAAACAACGGCUUUGUCGCCAAGCCCUUGACAGUGGACCACUACUAUUUGCCCCUGGAUCGGCAACCGAAGUACCAGGCACGGAAGCUUCGAUCAGAUGUCGACUACGAUCAUAUCGAGUCCAUGGACGUCGAGCUUAUCUGUCAGCAUCUGAAUGCUCUGGUGUCCGGCGAGUCUGUCAUGGCUCCGGUUUACAACAUGAAGACGGGCUACAGGGACGGUGAUGGAACCAAGUUCGACGCGCUGCCUUCGAACGGGAUUUUGGUUAUUGAGGGCAUCCAUGCGCUGAACCCUCUCUACACCCAGGCUGUUUCGGACGACAAGCUUUUCAAGAUUUUCAUUUCGCCAUUAACAUCUCUGCAGUUGGAUGACCACAACUGCGUCAAAACAACGCACCACCGGCUCCUCAGACGGAUGUCCCGCGACUAUCUCUUCCGAGGGAAUUCUGCGGCACGAACUCUUGGCAUGUGGGACAAUGUCCGAAAGGGCGAGGGCGUUUGGAUUUUCCCUCACCAGAACAACGCGGACUUCGUCAUGAACUCUGCUGCCGAAUACGAGAUUCCCGUUCUGAAGACCUUCAUCGAGCCUCUUCUCCGGGCUGUCAGCCCAGAUGAUGAGACCUUUCCGAAGGCCCAGGAGAUUUUGAAGCUUCUGGAUCUCUUCGCUACCUGGCCUCCUGAGCUGGCGCCACCUCUGGCGUUGCUCCGCGAGUUCGUGGGCGACGGUGCCUUCGACUGCCACUGA